AUGUACAACUCCAACAACUACAACUUCGGUCCGCCGGCUGAGCGAAAUCAGUAUGCGCCAGCGCGCAAUGGUGAGUCCAACGCCUUCAACGCCUACGUUGGCGGCACGCUCGGAGGAGGUUACGGAGGAGGUUUCGGCGGAGGAUCUGCUUCCUUUCCGCGUGGCGCGACCAUGUCAUCGGGUCUCAACCCAGACGUGCCGCGUUACCAACCACCGCAGAGACGACUCGGAGAUGAAGAGAUGAUCCGGCCAGAGUCGAGCGCAUCCAACGCCACAUUCGCGACUCAGAUGCCAUCCUUCUCCACCUCACAAGCCCCAUCACGCCCUCCACCAACCUCUCGCCCCUUCAACGGCGGCAUGCCGUCUUACACAUACGGCAACAACCGGAGCAACGACAUGAUGAACGGUCUGGGAGCUGGCAUCGGCGGCAUGUCGCUCGGUAGCUCCACCCGCCAGUCUCGCGAGCCACCGACCAGCCGAGAUCACGUUUACAGCAACCACAAUGGCUUCAACGGCAACGGUGGCUAUGAUGCUCAUGGCAGCCACGCUGGCAACAAUGGCUACAGCAUCUCACGUCAUGACUCGGUGGUCAGCAACAAGGCUCCGAGCGCUACCUACUUGGCAUCACAGAUAAUGUCUGGCGGUACUGAAGAUCCAUUCGACCGUAGCCUCAACCGCUACGACACACCCGGCAAGAACAUCGUCCCCACGCUCGGUCCAGCCCGUUUUAAGGACAGCAAGAUGUUCAGCAUCGCUGAGACUGGCAAUCCUGACACUGCUGACACUGCCGUCACGCACGUCUCAUCUCCUCAGAAGCCACAGGGACCACCACCUAUCCCUGACUGGCUGGCACUUGCGCUGCGGGGCUUGUGCAAGCCGACCCUCGAGGAGGCCUUUGACGCUCUCCCGCUGUUCGAGUUGUGUCGCGGUGUUCAGCCAAGUGCCGCCGGCGUCGUCCGCAUCAAGGAUAUCCCUUACCAGACCACCCGCCAAGAGAUGACUGCCUUCGUCGGUCGUAACGCCCAGAUCCUGCGUAUGCCUGAGGGCUCGCCUUAUCACGCCGUCCACAUCAUGAUGGAGCGUGAGACCGGCAAGACCAUGGACUGCUUCGUCGAGUUCUCCACUCCGACCGAGGCUGGCUGGGUUGUUCGGCAAUUCCAGCGACGUGUCGACUCCGGCCGUCCUCCCAAGGUCGGCGACCGCGUUGUUGAGGUCACCUUCAGUACGCAAGACGAGCUUAUGGCCGAGCUCUUCCCGCGCGCUAAGCACGUUCGGUGGAAUAACGGCCAGCCAGUAGUUGACCGCACGGAGCGCAAGUACUAUGCAGACAAGCCCGCUGCCGGCUUCCAAGGCUUUCUUCACAACGAGGAGUUCGUCUCUCUUGGCAAGCAUGCUGGGCUCUCUGAGCGCUCACCAUUCGCUUCAAAGAGUCCAUGUCGCGUGUACGAGUCGAUGAUCACCACUCUUCAGAAGUACCCGUGGUACGCGGUCGAGCAUGUUACCAUCCGUGAGCGCCGUGCCAUCUACGACUGCACUAUCAACCUUAUCCGCAUCUUGAUGGAGAACUUGCGCCGUGCCAACAGCCGGUACAGUCCACUCGAGCCGACUCCCGCCCUUCUCCAGGAGCUCGCCGUGGCAGCUCUCACCUGUCCCGGAUUUAGCGAGAAGCAGAAGUCCAACAUUGUUGGUCUACUUCACCAGAGCGGGUUCAAGGCGAUCGCGGAUGGACAGAGCAUCAACGUGCGUCUUGGCGGCAACCACGAGUUGAGCAGCACCUGGCCUUUCGCCACCCUCUCGAUCCAGCCAGGUACCGAUAUGGAGCUGGUUAAGUUCUACGCUGGUCUCUUCCGCAAGGCUACCGAGACUUCCGAUUCUUCCUCGCUGCACUCUCGCCAGAUUGCCAAGACCAGCGGUGCCAAGGGUAAUCCGAUGGGCGACAUUCACAUCAACUACGGCAAGAACGUGCACGACCUUUCUCUUGCCGAGGCUGCUAAGAAGGAGUUCACUAAGAUCGAACAGCUUCUCGGUCGUGUCUGCAAGGGCGCAAAUGGAGGAAGCGGCAGCAAGCCGAGCAGCACCGUUGGUGGCAGCAGCUCUUCUGGCAGCCGUUACUCUAUGAUUUAA